AUGAUAAUAUCCAGGACGGGCUUAGAGAAGGUGCCUCCGUCUCUCGCUGCCGCUGUCAAGAGAUGCGGGCGCGCACAGCAGUGGAGAGAGGCAUUGACACUGCUUCGAGAUGCGCCCCCGCUGCAGGGGUACGCCUGCGCAGUCCUCCACACGUGGGUAAUGGGCGUGUGCGGGAAAGGUGGGGCAUGGCAGCACGCCCUGUCGUUGCUCCGCGAAAUGGUGGAAGCGAAGUUGGAGCCAGACAUGAUAAGCUUCAAUACUGUGAUCGGCGCGUGCGCGCAAGUUGGCGAGUGGCAGCACGCACUGUCGCAGCUUAGUGCAAUGGAUGACAGCAAGAUGGAGCCUGAUAAAGUCAGCUACAGUGCUGGAAUCAAUGCUUGUGCUAAAGGCUGCGAGUGGCAGCAGGCCUUGUCGCUACUCGGAGGCAUGGGGGAAACGACAGUGGAACCGAACGUUUUCGCGUUCACUGCUGGAGUCAGCGCGUGCGCGGAAGUCGGGGAGUGGCAGCAAGCUGUGUUGUUGUUCAGCGACAUGGAUACAGCGAGAUGUGAGCAGAACGUCAUCAGUUACAGUGCUGCAAUCAGCGCGUGCGAGAAAGGUGGGCAAUGGCAAUAUGCUUUGUGUCUGCUCGCUGAAGUCACCGCAGCGACGUUGGAGCUCGACAUAAUCACAUGCAACGCUGGAAUUAGCGCGUGCCACAAAGAUGGACAGUGGCAGCUGGCGCUGUCAUUAUUUGCCGAGCUGGGAGAAUCAAUGAUGGAGCCAGACGUGAUCAGCUACAAUGCUGGAAUUAGUGCCUGCGAAAGGGGUGGGGAAUGGCAAAAGGCUCUGUCAUUAUUCCGAACUUUGCUUGAAGCGAAAUUGAGAUCGAGCAUUACCAGUUACAGUGCAGCAAUCAGUGCAUGUGAGAAGGGCGGGCAGUGGCAGCACGCAGUGCAUUUCUUGUGCCAGUUGCGAGAGAAAAAGCUAGAGCCGAAUGUGAUCAGUUGCAGCGCUGGAAUUAGUGCGUGCGAAAAGGGUGGGCAGUGGCAAUUGGCAUUGUCGUUGCUGAUCGGCAUGAAGGAAACGGCAUUGGAGCCGAAUGCGAUCAGCUAUAACGCUGGAGUCAGCGCUUGCAGGAGGGGCGGACAGUGGCAGCGCGCAUUAUCUUUGCUGGCAGAGAUGUGCCGGACGAAGACGGAGCUUGACACAAUUCAUUCCUCUUGUUAG